AUGUCUUCGGGCGGUGGGCCCGGAGGAUUCAGGACCUACCGUGACGAGAAGUGGACGGUGCCGGAGAUGGCCGAAUACCUGUACGGUGUUGGUAACUUCAAGAAACUGCAGCAGAUCAAGACGGAGGUCGACCCGAACGAAAUGUUCAACACGGACCCUCAGGCCCCGCUUGGCUUAGACGAUCGUGUACAUCGAUUAAAUUGGCUCGUCGGGACUCAAAUCAAGGAGAGACACGUGUGCACGAUGGCCCCGCCUCGAGAAACACGCCGCGAACGCCAGCAGUUCCUGCAACGUCUGGAUGGCCGAACUGCGCACGACCGAGAGCGCAUCAGGAAGGAGCAUGCGGCGUACCUGGCUGGCGAACGAGAGGAGGAUGCUGACUUCGGAGAAGAUCCAGCACCUACACGCAGCGCGACAGCUCGUCCUCUGCUUCCGGUUCCGAUCGGCAAAGAUGCCUGUUACGUGCGUGCGCAGCGACGUUUGAUCUCGCAACAGCAACGUGCUGUCGCCGCAAAGACGUUGGCAGGCUCCGGCAAGAAACGGUUGGCUGCUAGUAGGGACUUGAGCGACGAUGAUGAGGACUAUGAUCCCGCUCUGUUCGACGAGGAAGCGGAUGCUGAUGCAGACGAUGAGCGACUGGAUGCAGCAGACUCCCCAUCCAAGACACGGCUGCCAAAGAAGAAGAAGAAGAAGACGGGCCGCGGCGACUCCGACCAAGAAGGCGACCCCGACCAAGAAGGCGACCCCGACCAAGAAGGCGACCCCGACGAGGAAGGCGACCCCGACGAAGAAGGCGACCCCGACCAAGAAGCCACGAAAACCCACCGCGUCGCAAGUUGCUGA